CUCUGCUUGUCAGUCACACUUUGAACGGCUGCUGUGGCGCUCAUCCUCAUCAGCACCACCGUCACCAGAAGCACGAGUGACUCGCGCUCCAGCGCCUUCCUCCCGCUGACCGCCGAAUGAGCCAUACGGAGCGAUUCCAUUUGAGGAUGAUUCCCUGCUGAGGAGCAAAGCCGAGGGCCACUCACACACCCGCCUUUGGGACGAAGGGGGGUGGAGGAAGAGGAGCGAGGCGACGAGCCGUUUCACGUUUCCAGCGCUCGUCUCAAGUGAAGGCGAUAGGGUCGGGAGGGGGGGACUUUGCCAUGGUCCGGUCCGGGGACAUCUUUGUAGCCCUGCUCCUUGUGGGUUGUGCGGUGUCACUGGACGUGCAGAUCACACCCACUCAUGGUGAAAUCAGUCUCGGGGAGUCCAAAUUCUUCAUGUGUGAAGUUAUGGGCGGGGCUAAGCACAUAGACUGGUUCGGGCCGAGCGGCGAAAGGAUAGAGCCCAACAGACCGGACAUCACGGUGACCCGAAACGACGAGACGUCAUCCAUCCUCACGUUGUACCGAGCAGUGACGGAGAACGCCGGCACGUACAAGUGCGUCGCCACCAAUGGAGAUCAGCAGGGAGAGUCAACGGUUAACAUCAAAAUUUUCCAGAGAAUUACCUUCACGAAUGCGCCGUCGCCGCAAGAGUUCACGGAAGGAGACACAGCCGUUAUCGUGUGUGAUGUCAUCAGUUCCCCUCCACCCACCAUCCUUUGGAAGUACAAAGGAGCUAGGAUACAAAUGGAAAAAGACGUUCGCUUCAAGGUGCUGAGCAACAACCACCUUCAAAUCCGCGGCAUAAAGAAGACUGACGAGGGCCCGUACACCUGCGAGGGACGCCUGAUGGCCCGCGGCGAGAUUGAUUUACGGGUUAUCAAGGUCGUCGUAAAUGUGCUCCCAACGAUCAGAGUAUGGCAGUCAGAGGUGAACGCCACAGCAGAUGUGGGCCAAUCUGCCAUGUUGACCUGUGCGGUCGAUGGCUACCCUGAACCCAUGGUGACCUGGACAAGGAACCAAAUCACUCUGGAGGCGGCAGAGAAGUACAGUUUCAAUGAGGAUGGUUCGGAGAUGUCCAUCAUGGACGUCAGCAAGCUCGAUGAGGGCGAGUACACCUGCAUCGCCAAAAACAAGGCUGGGGAAACGGAGCAGGAGCUCAGUCUGAGAGUAUUUGUCAAACCGAAGAUCACCUACAUUGUGAACCAAAGCACCUCCGAGAUGGAGGAGCAGGUCAUGCUAACUUGCGAGGCCUCGGGGGAUCCGACGCCCACCAUCAGCUGGAGCUACGGCAACCGCGUCUUCACCGAUGGCGAGCAGGCACACCUAAACAGGAUCUAUCAGGCAUCAUGGACUCGUCCUGAGCAGCACAAGAGUGAGGAUGGGAACGUGGUGGUGCGGAGUGAUGCUCGCGUUUCCUCACUCACACUUAAGUACGUCAAGUACACCGACGCCGGGCAGUACCUGUGUUCGGCGCGCAGUGCCAUUGGGGAAGAUGACCAGGGGGCAUAUCUGGAGGUUCGCUACACUCCGAAAAUCCAAGGCGAAGUGGCGGUGUACACCUGGGAGGGAAACGCCGUCAACAUUAGCUGUGAGGUACAGGCGCACCCCAGCCAGGUCACCAUUGACUGGCUGCGGGACGGGCUGACGCUGCCCAACGCCAACACGAGCAACGUUAAGAUCUUCAGUUCGCCCCUGGCCAGCUACCUCCAAGUGACGCCGGUGUCUGAGAAUGACUUUGGGAGUUACAACUGCACUGCUUCCAAUGAGAUGGGCACAGAAGCCAAAGAGUUUGUCCUCAUUCAAGCAGAGGUGCCCUCAUCUCCAUUCAUCAAUGAGGUGUCACCUUUCUCCACUACCGCGCUGGUUCAGUUCGAGGAGCCUGAAUCCACCGGAGGCGUCCCCGUGCUCAAGUAUAAAGCAACAUGGAGGAUGCAAGACAGAGGCAGCUGGUCGCAUAGAAUCUAUGAGCUCAAAGAUGGCUCCAUCGGCGAGGUGACCAUAACACACCUGAGGCCAGACACCACCUAUGAAGUCAAGAUGUCUGCCAUCAACGGGAAGGGGGAAGGCGAAAGCUGCCCCGUCGAGACCUUCAAGACGGAGCCAGUCCAAGGAAAUCCAAGUCCUCCCAGGCUGGAAGGAGCGCUUCAGCCAAUAGGCAACUCCCUGAAAGUCAGCUGGACCAAGCAAGAUGACGGUGGAUUGCCCAUCCUCCAUUACCUUGUCCGCUUCAAACCAAUUGAGUCUUCACACUGGAAACCCGAAAUCCGCAUGCCCAGCGACAGCGACUACGUGAUCCUGAGCGGGCUGGAGUGGGACACCAUUUAUGACAUCUCCGUGGUGGCCGAGAACCAGAAGGGCAAGUCGGAGCAGGCGAGCAUGUCCAUCAGGACGUCCGUCCAGCCGGCCGUCAUGCCAGAUUUGGACGAAGACGCGGCGUUCCCCAUGGGCAUCAUGCUGUGGGCGGGCAUCCUGGUGGUGGCAUUUGUCCUGCUGCUCCUGGCCGUCGACGUUACGUGCUACUUCGUCAACAAGUGCGGCCUCAUCAUGUGCCUGUGCGGCAAGUCGGCCUCCGGAACGAAAGGCAAAGACCUGGAGGAGGGCAAAGCCGCAUUCAUGAAAGACGAGUCCAAAGAGCCCAUCGUGGAGGUCCGAACGGAGGAUGAGUGCACAGCCAAUCACAAUGCAGCAGGCCCAACAGAACCCAACGAAACCACGCCCCUCACAGAGCCAGAGCUGGCGGCUUUCACUGCUGCCCUGGCACUGGACACGCUCUCCUCCGAUACGGCCACAGCCACCAUUGACCCCGCUCAGGACAGCCCCUCUAGCGAAACCACCACGCUCACGUGUAGCUUGUCCACCCCGGCCAACGACCCCUCGCCCACGCCCAUCCCGGCGCCGGCACCCAGUCCCGAGAUGAGCGCGCCGCCGCCGACUCCCCCUGUGUGCAGGGCAGCCGUCGAGGCCAAGAUCGCGCCGUUAGUCGAGCGGAGGGGAGCCGAGUGGGUGGCGGACGAAGAAGAGAAGACAAAGAGCGACGGUCCACCCGGCACCCCCGAACGGAGUCAGAAACCCGGGACGCCCAUCCCGCCCAAACGGAGGCACUCUCCUAAACUUGCCGCUCUAAAGGCUAAAGCGAGUCCGCCCGUCUCUCCGUUGGCCACGGACCCUCCUCUUACUCCUGACACCAAGAAACCAGCUCCCAGUCCGCCACUCAUACCCAAAGACCCCGAUUCAAACUGCACCUCUGACAAGCUCGCCCAGCCGUCCUACCCUCAUAGCCCCCACCCUAACCCCCCAUCUUCAGCCAUCCAUGGCGCUUCCAAAGUGCCGGAUGCUGAAGAAUUGUCCCCUCUGGUCCGAGAUGUCCCCACCCCUUUGUCUCCCCCGUCUGCGAGCGACCUCCUCGCAUCACCACCGCACAUGUACGACUUACUCGCCCACGACAUGGGUCUCAAUAACGCCACAUUCGACUUGGAGCUGAGUAACGGCACGGAGAGACCCUCGGCCAUCCCCGAUGAUCUCAUUAGCUUAGAGAGCCCGCCCUCUGCCCCUUCUCUGCCCAAUGGAGACGGAGCAGAUCUCCCCCUCUCAGUGGACGCAUCAGAGCCUCUGACCAAGACCGCUCCUCCUGUCAACGAUGAGACCAUUUUUUCGGAAGGGAAGGGCAAACUUCAGGAGGAGCUGUCCAACGCCAUGAAGGAGACGCCCGCCGAACACAACAGUGUCAUACAGACAAAGUCCACGCAAAGCAAAGCAUGAAAAACAAAACAAACAAACAAAAAAUCCAUCUUAAACAUUGUGCGGCUGCGGGAAUUUUCACUUCCAGUGCGCUAAAGUAAACACAUCAACCCCCC